AUGAAGCAGUUAUCUGGUUUCCAGCUGGUUCUGUUUUCCGUGUUUGUUGCGAGCUUGGUCGUAUCUGGAGCCCAAUCUUGCAGCCCGAGUGGGAAGCUGAAAGGAAAAAAACCGCCUCCGGGAAAAUGUAUCAACGAUCCCGAUUGUUGCAGAGACGGCAAGUUUUACACCACAUACACAUGUUCCCCUCCGGUCACAAAGCAGACAAAGGCGACUAUGACGAUCAACGACUUUGAGAAGGGCGGGGACGGUGGGGCCCCAUCCGAGUGUGAUAACAAGUACCACUCAAACGAGACGCCGGUUGUGGCGCUGUCCACAGGGUGGUACAAUAAAGGGAGCAGGUGUCUCAAGUAUGUGAACGUACACUACAAGGGUAAGAGCGUAAAGGCAAAGGUGGUGGACGAAUGUGACUCCACCAAGGGGUGUGACUCGGAUCAUGGGUUCCAACCGCCGUGUCCUAAUAACGUAGUGGACGGAUCUAAAGCUGUUUGGGAGGCCCUUGGGGUGCCUAAGAGUGACUGGGGUGAAGCCCAAGUUACAUGGUCAGAUGCUUGA